GAGACAAAAAUGGUUUCGUCUUCGACCUCUUCUGACCCUCAAUCUCGCCUCCAACAAAUCACAUCUCACAUGUCUAUCACAAACACAAUGAAGGCCUCAUCUUUCGGAGCAGACACUGUGCCUCAGGCACCUGAAGAUCCCUUGUUUGGAUUGAUGGCCGCCUUCCGCCGCGACACUGAUUCAAGCAAGGUCGAUCUUGGUAUUGGAGCCUACAGAGACAACAACGCAAAGCCCUGGGUGCUACCCGUUGUGAAGAAGGUGCGCAUACAUGUCUCCAACGUGUGUUAUCUAGNNGCCGAUGACCUCCUUCGUCAAGACCCUAACCUCAACCACGAAUACUUACCCAUCGCUGGUCUCGCCGACUUCACUACCGCCUCGCAGAAGCUGAUUUUCGGCGCCGAUUCGCCUGCCCUCAAGGAGAAGCGCGCUGUCGCCCUCCAAACCAUCUCAGGAACCGGAGCUGUACACUUGGGCGCCGCUUUCCUGGCCAAGUUCUACAACCCCUCCAACUCCGAGGCCAAGACCAUCUACGUUUCCAACCCUACAUGGGCCAACCACAACCAGAUCUUCUCCAAUGUCAAGCUCCCCAUCAAGAACUACCCAUACUUCUCGGCCGAGACCAAGGGUCUUGACUUCAAGGGCAUGGUUCAGACAAUAGAGAACGCUCCGGAGGGCAGUGUCAUCCUGCUGCAUGCUUGUGCGCACAACCCCACAGGUGUCGACCCUACUCAAGAUCAGUGGAAGGAGAUCGCCUCGCUCAUGAAGAGCAAGUCCCAAUUCCCCUUCUUCGACUGCGCAUACCAAGGCUUCGCAUCUGGCGACUUGAACAAGGAUGCCUGGGCGAUCCGUUACUUCGUUGAGCAAGGCUUUGAGAUGUUCGUCGCUCAGAGCUACGCCAAGAACUUUGGUCUAUAUGGCGAGCGCGCUGGCUGCUUCCACUUCGUCAGUGGCCCUUCUUCUGAUGCUGCCGAUACCGCCGUUCGUGUCGGUAGCCAGUUGGCCAUUCUCCAGCGUUCCGAGAUCAGCAACCCUCCCGCAUACGGUGCCCGCAUUGCUUCAGUCAUUCUUAACGACGAGAAGCUGUUCGCCGAGUGGGAGGAGAACCUCCGUGAGAUGAGUGGCCGUAUCAUCUCGAUGCGCAAGGCUCUCAAGGGCAAGCUUGAUGAGCUGCAGACGCCUGGCAACUGGGAUCACAUCAUCAACCAGAUCGGCAUGUUCAGUUUCACUGGCUUGACCGAGAAGCAGGUCUUGAAGAUCAGAUCCGAUGCUCACGCANUGGCUGGUCUCAACACUAACAACGUCGAGUACUUUGCCAAGGCUGUCGACAAGGUCGUUCGCGAGACUUCGUAG